ACAGCUGCAGCGCAGUGUGGAGUGUUUUGGGGACUUAAUAAAAAUCUUCUAAACUCUAUUUUUCGCGGAUUUUCUGGAUCUUGUUCAGAGUUGUUCCGGGUUUUUUGGAGGUCUGUGGCUCUGACUGAGACCGAAAACGGCGCUAAAUGUCCGGUUUGACUUUUAUUUCCAGCUGUUUAGCGGUUUUUCGGAGCUUUUCCACUGUUAGCUCCGGAGCUAACAGUCGUGUCGCCUGCGCCGAUUAAAAGUUUCUCGUCGGACUCCGGGCACGUUUAUCCGGUUUUAGCCGCCAGACUCUGAUUAUUGGAGUUUUUGGGGCUCUUUCGGUGGAUGUCGGAGCCGUUAUUUUUUUUUCGUAAUUGAGGCGCAGUUUGGGCUUCGAACGCUGUUUUUUCGGACAGAAAUGCGGCGGACCGGAGCCGCCGUCGGCGCCCGAAACCGCUGAUUCGGCGGCUCCGCUUUGGCUGGACUGAGGCCUGCGGGUCGGGCUUCCACCGGCCUGUCGUGAAGCCGGAGGCCGGCGGCAGCGCUUCCCCCUCCGGGGCCGCGGACCUUAUGGAGCGGAUGGAAGUGGACCAAUGCGCAGGCGCAGCGGCGGGAGGCGGGGCGCUCCGCAGGUCAAACAGCGCCCCCAUGAUCACCAGCGUCAGUGACGGGAUGACGGUUUUCACUCCUGUUUCAUCGGCUCGAUACAGACGCAGCAGCGUGUCCAUCAACCUCGGCUGUCCGUCUCAGGUUGCCCCUCUCUCGCCGUUCUCUCUGGCAGCUGCUAGACUCGAUCAGAAGAGGCAGGACGAUGGCAUGGAGACGGCCCUCAGAGGGACUCUGCACAGACUCAGUGCUUCCACUCUGAACACGGUUCCUGCCGUCAGUCAGUGGCACGACCACUCGUCCACGUGGAUUCAGUCCCAGGACGGCGGCAUCACGCCCAACUCAUCCCCGAGCCCCACCCGGAGGUUCAGACCAUCAGGGGGCGCUGCAGUGAGGUGGCCUGCCUUAACACCGCUGAAGAGAAAAGGAGGAGUCGAUUCUGACGGACCCCCCAAGAAGCUGUUUGUUGCCGGGGUAACAGACCCCGCCCACCACAGCAGCUCCGCCCUGAGUGUGUCUCAGCUGCCAACAGACUCUCCCCCUGCAGGAGGCGUCAGCCCACAGGCCACAUCCCUGUCUCUCUCUCCUCCCCCCUCAUUCACCACAAACCAGCAUCCCAGUCACUGAUGAUGGGGGAAGUGUGACGCCGUAAAGGCUUUGGAAAAACUAACAUUUUUACCUGUUGCAGCCGCUGCAUAGCUCUGCCCCUUCCAACGACCUCAGCGGACGCCUGAAUGUUCCAUCCAAGAUGAAAACGGUCCUCACUUCCUGUUCCUGCCAAAAGCACUUUUGGAUUGCUGGAUAUGUUUUUAAAGAAAAAUUCUGAAAGUUCAACUGAAAUCACUUCAAACUCAUCAGCUUAAAAAAAGGUCUUUGUUCUUUUGAGCGGGCGUGUCUGUUAAACUAUAGCAAUGAGUUAGCAUGCUGAUUAGCAUGUUGGCUACAGCUAACACAUUAUAUUACUUAUUCCAAAGAUGCGCUCAAACCCACUUUGUUAAUGUCAGCUCCUUGACACCAGUGCGCGCUAACGCAUUCAUUUGUUCACACGAACAGCUCAUCUGUUUGCUGCUAACUGGAUUGUUUUUUUAUUUCCAACAUGUUGAUAACGAGAACAACUUCUGAUUCAAAGUUUGUGCCAAAGUUUUCCGUCUAUGUGCCAAAAGAUAAAAAUUCAACUCCACGGUUCAGACUUUGGGGGAAAAAAAAACAACUGAAUUUCAGUUGAACUUGAAGAUUUUGGAGCUCGUCUUAAAAAUCCGUGUUGGACUUUGAGGCUGCUGAAGAUCCGCACGCUGUGAUGUCACCGUGAGGUCAUCAAACGUGUGGAGCAGACUGCAGGACUCAGAAGCGGGCUGGUGUCCUCUGGGUUCAUCGUGACCGGAGGAGGCGGAGUCUGUGAUGUUGCUGCCGACUGGAUGGACCAAUUAAAAAAGAAGAAUUUUGAAGCUUCAGAAAAGUUUCUGGAAACGUCGUGAACUCGUACGAGUUUUAAUCAAGAUGUGGAAUUCGUAGAUCAGAGUCGGAGUUCACUCUCUAAAGAUCUGGAAGCACUUUGUGGUUCAGGAACUAAACCAAGAACCUUCAGCCAACCAGCACAAUACAGAACUCUGUAAAACUGGAUCCAUUUCUGGAAAAAUUGAUUCCAGUUUUAAACAAGGACUGAAGUGGAUCCAGAUUUUCACCAUUAAGUCAAGAAAUUAGUAUUUAAACACCCCCCCCCCCCC